AUCGAGUUUGAUGCUUCAGAAUAUUUCAAGUUUGCAAAUUGGAUUUUUGCGAAUAUAAUCAUCUCUAUUUAUAUAAUCUUCAUCUAUAUUUCUGUUAAAUAUAAAAAUCGGAUAAUAACGUGUCUAGGUACCUUUUCUCUACAAACGAAAGCAGUUUUAAAUGAGAUCUUACAGAACGACCGAGAGUCACCGCGAAUGAAACAGUUCCAUGAAAAACUGAAAUUACAGCCGAUACCAAGUAUAUAUAUAGAAAUAGAACCGCGAGAACGGUUCGUGGACUUAGUAUUAGUGGAGAUUGAUUCGAGAACUGGAGAACUAAUACCAAAUAGUGAGAAGGAUCCUACUAAAUGGGGAGACUGGCAGAAUGGUGGUAGAGUCAGCGAUUUUUGAAACAAAGUUGCCAUGUAUUUUCUUAUUGAUUGAUUCUUUAUAGACAUUAGUAUAUUUAAAAAACUUUGAGAAUCUUCUCUAUUUGCAAAGAUCAAUCUAUUUUUGGAAUAAUUCAUCAAAAAUAAAUCAGAAAUUCAAUUUUUUCGAUAAUCAAUAUUAAAUAAAAUGAUUUAAAUUAAAAUCUUUCUCAAUAUAAAAAAAUAUGAAAAUUGAUGUAUAUGUAGAAAGGCAUUUGUAUUGCAAAACAAAACUUGUAUAUCAGUGAGGUAAUAAAUUACAUUAUACAAACGUGAGUCUUCUUGUGAGACUACAAUACCCGAGGAUAAGUUUCCAGAAGUUACUACAAAUUUAUCAGUAACAAUAUUUCAGGUUUAUGAAAUAUUGUUAUUAUGGUAUUAACCUCAUAUGACUUUCUUUUAGAAAGUCUGGCACUAUGGCAACCUACACAAAAAGCUUAUGUCGUUAUGCAGAUUAUCAGUACAUUACAUAUACAAAAAUAUGCAAUACUUUGUCAAAUACUGAAUACUGUAUAUUAGGAUAACAAACAUGUUAUACAUCAAAGCGAUUAAAUUUCUCGCUACUAACGAGUAAUAUAAAAUGAACAUAGAACUAAAUCAUUAACAGACAUUAGUGUAUCGUGUUAGUGUUAAAGAUUGAAUGUAUCUUUAGGUUUCGCGUGAACAAAUUAUUUCAAAUCAAUCCAUAUUCGUUGAUAAAAUAAAUUUUACGUCAGUAGCAGCGAAAAUUUAUUUAGCCAAGAUAUAUAAUAAGUUUUCAGAACUAAUACUAACCGUUCACGUAGAAAAAGAGCGUAGUUAAUUCUACAAAUAUAUCGUAUCAAGAAACAUAUGUACACGAUAUUUUAGUAAAAAUUUCAUUUUGUAUUUAUCAGUAUGUAUGUUUUCAAAAUUCUUCCGAUCAUAUCGAAAAUUCUUAAAAAAUAAUGUACUACGAGGUUACAUUGUUGCACAUGAGAUGCAGAAUUUCGUCCUCCUUUUUUCCUUUUUGGCUAUUGGUCGAUAGCGAAUGGAUCAUUUGAUUAAUCUCACUAUAUUUCCUUAAUAUUUUCUUAGAAUUUAAAACAGUACUGACAGCAGAGUGUGACAUUUUGCGUUAUCAGUACAGUAGUUUCGUAAGUGUAGUUCCUAUUUACAUGUAUAGCUUCCCAUUAUGUAUGCUUUAACACAGGAAGAGUUUCAGCUUUCGUACUUCUUAAUACAAGAAUAUGUAUUACUUGCGCUAUACAGAACAUAUAAAAUUUUGUUCAAAAAGUGAAAAUAAAAAUUAGCAGAUAUUUACAUAAUGAUGGUCUUCUAUAUAAUAUGAUUUCUUAUGUACACACAUCAUAUAUUCCUAAACAACAUAUGGUCAAAAGUGUUUAAAACAGAAUUUAAUGCAAA